AUGGCGGGAGCAGGAUUGGGUUUCAGUUCGUCUCUCUCAGCUCAAAGCAGGGCGACGGCCGGAAUUAUGGUUAGGAUUCCAGUUCCGUUAUUGAAGCGACGGAAGUUGAAGUUCGCGGGAUUGAAUGAGGUUUUCCGCAUUCGAGUGGCGGGUUGCGGCGUAUCUUCGACUCGAUUGUAUAACUGCGGGAGUUGUGCGGCUGAGGAACGAGUCUCGGUGGACAUGGAAAGGUACAAGGAGGCUUUUGGGAGGAGAAUGGCCGUGGCUGGACUCAAACCUCACCAUUCUAUUGCUGUAGGAGUCUCAGGCGGCCCUGACAGUAUGGCGUUGUGUUUACUAACGGCUGCUUGGAAAACUGAUGGUCCUUAUGCUGCUAGCCAGAGUGAUGGUUAUGUUGAUGGACUUUUGGCCAUUAUCGUUGAUCAUAGGCUACGCGCAGAGAGCAAAGAAGAGGCACACAUUGUUUCUCGCCGUGUUUCUAAAAUGGGGAUCAGAUGUGAGAUUGCAGAGUGUAAUUGGUCGGAUGGAAAGCCGAAACAGGGUCAUUUGCAAGAAGCAGCACGAGAUAUGAGGUAUCAAAUUUUUCAGAAAGUUUGCAUUCAGCAUCAAAUUGAUGUGCUACUUAUUGCUCAUCAUGCAGACGACCAGGCUGAGCUACUGAUUCUUCGACUUUCCCGCGGUAGUGGUGUGCUUGGACUUGCGGGCAUGGCAUUUGCUUCUCAGUUAUUCUCUACAAGCACGGUUUUGCAUAAUGAAGGUUCGAACAAUAAAGGCCUACUUCUAGUGCGUCCACUGUUGCACUUUUCUAAAGAAGAUAUGUACAAGAUAUGCCAAGCAAGUAAUCAAGACUGGGUGGAGGACCCAACAAAUCGAAGUCCAGCUUAUGCUCGGAACAGGAUCAGAAUGUCACUGGGAAAUUUGUCAUCAUAUACUUUCCAGUCUGAAAUUCAAGAGCUAAUAUCUUCAUGUCGAAAAACACGUGCAUAUGUUGACCACAUGUCAAAUGAAUUGAUUGAUCAGGCUGUGAACAUCAUGGAUCAAGGUUAUGCUGUUAUUGAUUUGAUGGUUCUUAGUCCAUCCAAAGUUCCAGAUAUGUGCCUUUCAAAGUUUAUUGCGUUGGUCUUGCAGACGUCUUUUACUGUAGCUGGAUGUUAUCUCUGCCCUUCUCCUGGUUCUAGGGGGACGAAACUCUUAGUUUGCUGCUCUGUCAAUUGCCAUCUGCCUUCAACAAUUGAAGUGAAUAACUCAGACUUUGAUAGAGAACAGAAGCAGUAUCCUAGCAUGUUGGAUGAAAUCAUAGCCGAAGGGAAGUCUUAUGUAGAUCAGUUUGUACCAGAUGUAGUAGAUGUGAAGUUCUUGGACAUGACAUGCCAAUCAGUGUUAGCAGAAGCGAAAAGAAUCGGUAUCAUCAGCGAGUCAACUCAUAACAACAUAACCUUACUGGAGAGGAAUGAAACAAAGUAUUUCAAGCCUGAGAAUAAGGUACACUUGGAGCAAGAGAUCAUAGAAAAUCCCAGCACCUCAGCAUCUGAAAGUGAGCUACUCCACCCAGGCAAAGCAUGUUACUUCAUGGACAGAUUCAUGGUUACUUGGAAUGAAAGACCGCUCAGUUACUGCUCAUCUUUGGUAAUUGAUCAUCGAACAGCUGCUGAAGUACGCUAUAUGGCCGAGUCUGAUUGGCUCUAUCUGGCCAAAUUGGCCAGGUGCAAUAUGCAGCUACCAGACCAUGAACUUGCUGCAAUCAUGCCAAGGGCAUUGCCGAAACUACAACAAGUCGUCUCAUAUCAGCCAUGCAACUCCACCCCAUUCUUCAUUCUCCCACCUCCUAGCUUCUGCCCAAUCCAACAGGACCGAUUUCGCCCAAUCUCCUCGAAUUCACGAGUUCAAUCAUCCUGCCCAUUCUGUACAGGCAAGAAUGAUAGUUGCCAGAUAGUCCGGUCAAGAACAAAGUUAAUGAAUAUUAUGAUCAAAAGAAGGAAGCCCAAAGAAGCGGAAUCUAUAUUCGAUGGUCUAAUGGAAGAUGGCCACAAGCCAAACCUUCUAACCUACACCACUCUAGUUGCUGCAUUGACUCGUCAAAGGCGUUUCAAGUCCAUCCUGUCUUUGAUCUCCAAAGUUGAAGAAAAUGGGAUGAAACCUGAUUCCAUACUCUUCAAUUCGAUCAUCAAUGCAUUUUCUGAAUCUGGAAAUGUAAAGGAUGCAAUGGGAAUUUUCCAGAAGAUGAAGAGCAGUGGAUGUAAGCCUACCACCAGCACUGUCAAUACUCUCAUCAAAGCAUAUGGGAAUGCUGGGCAACCCGAACAAGCUUCGGAAUUGUUGGAGUCAUUGUUGAAGGAAGAAGACGUGAAGCCAAAUGAGAGGACAUACAAUAUCCUAGUAAGAGCUUGGUGUAACAAGAGAAACAUUGAUGAAGCUUGGAACGUGGUAGACAAGAUGGUGGCAUUCGGAUUGAAGCCAGACGCUGUCACAUUUAACAUACUAGCUAGGGCUUAUGCUGAGAUAAGCAUGACGAGCAGAGCGGAAGACUUAUUGUCUGAGAUGCAGAGAAAUGGAUUGGCGCCAAAUGAGCGUACUUGUGGCAUCAUUGUGAAUGGAUACUGCAACGAAGGAAAUAUGGUGGAAGCCUCAAGGUUUGUGUACAGAAUGGAGAAGCUUGGAGUGCAUCCCAAUCUCAUCGUUUUCAAUUGUCUCAUUAAAGGCUUUGUAGAUAACCUGGACAAGGAUGGAGUUGAGGAGGCACUUGAUGCUAUGGAGGACUACGGAAUCAAGCCUGACGUGGUGACAUUUAGCACGAUAAUGGAUGCAUGGGGAUCUGCAGGUAUCAUGGACCAGUGCCUAGAGAUCUUCAAUGAUAUGUUGAAAGCUGGUAUAGAACCAGACAUCCAUGCAUUCAGCAUCCUCGCGAAAGGUUACGUGCGAGCUGGGGAUCCAGAGAAGGCUCAGUCGGUUCUGGCAUCCAUGGGACACUACAGCGUGCGCCCGAACGUAGUAAUAUGCACAACCAUCAUUAGCGGCUGGUGCAGUGCUGGAGAAAUGGACGCUGCAAUGGAAGUCUACGAGAGGAUGUGCGAGAUAGGGAUUUCGCCGAAUUUGAAAACGUUCGAGACUCUGAUAUGGGGAUAUGGAGAAGCCAGACAGCCGUGGAAAGCACAGGAGUUGCUGCAAGUCAUGGAGGAGAAAGGCGUAUCUCCGGGGAAGAGCACUAUGCAACUCGUUUCAGAUGCCUGGCUAGCCGUUGGUUUAACAAGUGAAGGCAAGAGAAUAGUGGCUGAAGGAGAAGGAGAUGAAGCUGCAAAUUCUAAGGUUGCUGUAGAUACAAGAGAGGAGGAGAUGCCGAAAGACCCAGAUCUCUCGGCCUCUUAUUCCAAGGUGUUGGAGGUGCCUGGAGAUGUUCUGAAAGGUCCAAAUGGAUCAUCAUCUCCUGUUGUCAAGAUGAGAAGCCAGAUGAUUCUGAAGGACCCCAGGUCUUCAUCAGAGGCCUUAUCGCCUAGUUUGAAAUCGAUGUUCUUUUUUCGCGCAUCAGCGGCCCACCGCCGUCUCUCUAUCCCGAAUUUCACCCCGACCCACGUCAAAUUUCCCGUUGAAGAUCGCGACUUUCGCCGGAGGUUAGUACCUUCGGCUCGGUUGCGGAGGCCUACGACCUGUUAUGGGGUGAAGGGUUCGAAAAAUGCUUCGGCGGUGGACUCUAGUAGUAGUGGCGGCGGCGGAGACGGCGGUGGCGGCGGAGGUGGUGGGGACGACGACGGGAGUGAGGGGAAAAGCAGUGGGCUUUUGCCGGAGUGGUUGAAUUUCUCUCUGGACGAUGCCAAGACGGUGGCCGCGGCGGUGGCCAUCUCGCUUGCGUUUCGGACUUUCGUGGCCGAGCCCAGGUUCAUUCCUUCGCUGUCGAUGUACCCAACUUUUGAUGUCGGCGACAGAAUUGUUGCAGAGAAGGUCACAUACCGCUUCAGAGAACCUUGUACAAAUGAUAUAGUUAUAUUCAAGGCUCCUCCCGUCCUCCAAAAAGCUGGAUACACGGACGAAGAUGUGUUCAUCAAACGAAUCAUUGCCAAGGAAGGCGACAUUGUCGAGGUCCGUGAUGGGAAGGUUAUAGUGAAUGGAGUCGAGAGAGAUGAAAAGUUCAUCUAUGAGAAGCCUUCUUAUAACAUGAAACCAAUUAAGGUACCCGAGAAUUAUGUAUUCGUGAUGGGGGACAACCGGAAUAACAGUUACGAUUCACAUGUCUGGGGUCCUCUUCCGGCAGAGAACAUACUGGGAAGAUCAGUGGUCCGGUAUUGGCCUCCUUACAGGAUCGGCAGUACAGCUUCUGAGACAAAUUGCUCUGCUGAUAAGCUGGAGAGCAUCAGCGUCCGAGCCCCUGCAAUCAAGUCCGACUGA